CAGCAGCCCAGGCGGGAGGGAGAAACGUGGAACAGACAAAACCCGGAUGGAAUUGCUUCUCGACCCUGUGACGAGUGCGAUUUCAAUCCUCUGCGAACUCUCCUUCGGUUACAAGAUCAUCCCUCUGCUUUGGUCUGUGGAAUUGCUUUGAAGAUUCCAGAACCAGAAACGGCAGCCUAAUCGGCACCGAGCAUGCCUUCCUCACGAUCAGACCAUUGACGGCUUGCGAACCACCGCACACAACUUCAUCGCCUUUCAGCGAACGCGCCGAGCGAACCAUCGCGUGUAACCCAAGCGCGCGAAUAACCGCAGCCGCCGAAUUCGAGCGUGAUGGCGGACCAACACCCGGCCAACUCCUCGUCGGAAUCGCAAGAGGAUGCGCCUCUUGCAGUCAACCUCCACAUUGUGUCGCCUUCGGCCGGUGUUGGAAACCUACGUUUUCCCGGUAUUCCGGCGACGACGACGAUCCAGCAGCUUAGAGAACGGAUCCGGGAGUCGCUGUCGUCGAGGCCGGCGGACGACCACCAAAGGCUGAUUCACCGGGGUCGGCUCCUGGCGCGCGACACCGACACGCUUCAAGACAUUUUCGGGGAGGAAGCGAUACGCACAAGCGACCAGCAAACGAUCCACCUCGUGCUGCGGGACACGGGAGACGCACCUCCUCCGUCCAACGAUGCAGCACCGCGUCAUCCUCCCCAUGCGCUCCGUAACCCGCCCAACGUCACCGUGGCGCGGCCGGGCUCAGCACCUCUCGGUGCGCCCCAAGUGACGGCACACUUUCCCCAAUUCUCACAGCUUCAUCAGCGCCACGUCCAGCAGCACCAAGAGUUGCUCCAGCGGAUGAACCAACUUCAACAAAGUGAAGCAAACUAUCGCCAGAUAAUUGCAUACCAACAACCCCCCCGUGCUGCCAUGACCACUCUUAACCCCCAGGACGCGAACAACAACAACAACAGCAGCAGCAGCAGCAGCAGCAACAACAACACCAACACCAACAAUAACAACAAUCACAACAACAACAACAACCAGCCGGCCAACGGAGCCGACGCGGCGGGUGGGAGAAAUAGCCCCGUAGGCCAAGCCUUUCGGACCGUCACACGAGAAGGCAUCGGACCAGAUGGACAGCGGUAUAGCUUCAGGAUUACACUGAACGAAGUUAUUACCCCAACCGGUUCUGCGCCCCGUGCCCAGGCCGGGUCGGGUCCGACCGCGGACCCUGUCGGACCGCGGCCGCUAUCGGCAGCCGAGGUUCGCAACAUUAUCCACGGAGCAGACGCCAAUCGGGCCGCCCAGGCCAUGGCCAGCGCUAUGCAACGGAACGCGGCAGGAGAUCACCCAGCCAACAUGGCGGCAGAUCUUGCUCACUUCAACUUCAACAGUCCCAUCCAACCCAUUCAGCCGGGAGUCACGACCCCGAUCUUCCCAGGGCUAUCGAGAAAUGCCAGCCGAGCAGGCACUCCAGAUCUCUCGGCGAGGUCUGCCAGCCACGGCAGCGGUGCGGGACCUAGCAACCCGCAAGCUCCGGCACAGCCGCAGCAUGGACGCCCAGAGGUGUACAUCCUCUCGUCGCCUUCGGGGCCCCGGGGCCUGCUGAUCAACAAUGGCACGGAGGUGUACACUACGCCUGCCCCACGACCGGUCCCAUUGGCUCCCAACUUUUACCGCUCAUCGGUCCCCACUACGUUCUUCAGUGAAGUGCUCGGCACUGAGGAUCACCUCCAGCAGGGAUCUGGACAGGCAACGAUAGCCGUGGCGGACCAGCCACCAAUCCAUCUCCAAGCUACACCCGGGCAACCUUAUCAACCACCAUUACCCCCGGGCCAACAGCCCUUGCCCCAAUUCCCCGCUCAGCAUCAGCAGCAGCAGCAGCAGCAGCAGCAGCAACAGCAACAACAACCGCUACCUCAAGCGGGCCAUGAGCACCAGCCUGCCAUUCGCCGCAGACCAGUGGCCGGGCAGGCGGUUCCACCCGCUGCAGCUGAGGCGCAGCCAGCACCCCAGAUCAAUAUCCAUGGCAAUCCGGGCGUUGCCCCGCUGGUAGCAGCCGCAUGGCCGCAUAUCUGGCUCGUCAUCCGCCUGGUUGCCUUCGCCUGGUGGUUCUCGUACACCGACCCAUCCUGGGAGCGCUGGCUGUCCCUCGUGCUGGCUUUCAUCGUCGUAUUUGCAAUCAACACGGGAAUACUGAAUGGAGUAAUCAACAACGCAUUCCAUCCCGUGAGAGAGCAGCUGGAAGGAAUGAUUCCGUUUGCGGAUCCCAACCAACCUCAGCAGCAGCAGCAGCAGCAGCAGCAACAACCACCACCACCAGAAGGGACCGGCAACAACCAAGGGGGCCAGAAUGGAGCGGAACCAGACCCGGCACAAACUGCAGCGAGGUUGGUUGCGCAGCGCAGGAUUCAGAAUGGAAAUUGGCUCAGAGGUCGCAUAAGGCGGAUUGAAAGGGCGGGAAUCCUGUUCCUUGCCAGCUUUGCUCCCGGGGUGGCCGAGAGGCAUAUCCAACAGCUGGAGGAGCGCGAGAGGGCGGAACGGAGGGCUGCGGAGGCGAGGGCUGCUGCUGCUGCCGCCGCCGCCAGCACCACUACUACCACCGCCGCCGCCACCCAGGAAGCGUCCGAGCAAGCCACUGCUUCGCAAACUCAACAGGGCCAGGAAGAGCGCCAGAACAACGACGAUCAUGGAGAGGCCCUUCGACAGGAGCAAUCCCAAGGUGUUGGGGAUCAGCAGCGGCCACCUUCGGUCGAGGUGUAGUAGUACAAUCUGUACUUUUGAAAGGGAAACGCGGUUUAGCGGUGACACGGAUUGCCGUUGUGUGGCCGAAAUAUUUUAAAUAUCUUUUAUUCUGAUUUCUUCCAACCCCUGCCUCGUAACGUGCCAUGGCGUUACCGGAAGGGUUGAUGUUGAAGUAACCUGCAAGUUCCAGGACUGUGUCCUGAGCGCAAAUUGGCAAGGAAGCAGCCUAAUAAGAAGGCCAAGAUGUCUCCGGCCAGGUCAUAUACUCCGUAUGUUUACACUAUAGCCAUCGACAGUAAGGUUGUGUAGCGGUCAAACUAUGAGGUCCUUGGCUGCCGUCAAUGAAGACGCCCUUUGCUCCCUUCCCGACUCCCGGGGUAGUGAAUGAGA